AGAUUCUAGCCGCGCCGCGGCCGCCCACGCCCCGCACGUCGCGCGCGGGCCCGUGGCCUCCGCGGCGGAUGUCGCCGCCGUCCGAUGGCGAGCCCAGGCCCACGCGCGGCUAUGUCGACGGAUGUUGGGACAUCAUGCACUCGGGGCACUACAACGCCAUCCGCCAGGCGAAGAGCUUGUGUGACGUUCUCGUCGUUGGGGUGCACUCGGAUGCGGAGAUCGAGGAGAACAAGGCGGUACCUGUCAUGCGGCAGGCCGAGCGAUACGCCCUCCUCGAGCACAUCAAGUGGGUCGACGAGAUCGCCCACGACGUGCCCUACUCCCCCGAGAUAGCCACUCUGGAGAACUGCAGGGCUGACUUCUGUGUCCACGGCGACGACAUGCCGGUCAACGCCCAGGGCGUCUGCGCCUACGACGAGAUGCGCCAGAGCGGGCGUUUGAGGAUCGUCAAGCGCACGGAGGGGGUGUCCACCACCGAUUUGAUAGGUCGCUUGCUCACCCUCUCCCGGCACCAGCACACGGAGGAUAUCUGGAAGGAGUUGCGCGCGUGGGCGUUGCCGUUUGGGUUGGCCGCGCAGCUGCAGCCUAAUCCCACAGUGAGCACCAGCGACGUUGGUCGCGAUCGAGACCGCGCUCGUCCGCGCGGCACCGCCAUGCGCGGCAACAACGCGCCGAAGCGACAUUUCGCCCGCAACGUCAGAGGAAUUCGGAACGCGCUGACAGCCACCACAGGCAAGAAGACUGCUGUAGCGGCUGGCCUUCAUAGCGCGCAGACGGCCAAGCACCAUUCCGCCUCUGUCUACGCGACGAAGUUGGCGGCGGAGGAGGCGGCCGACAAGGCCAGGAUGGCGUUCACGGAAAAGGUGGCUGCGGAGCUGGAGGACCAGCUCGCGGCCGACAUCGCGAGGGGGCUGGACCUCACGGGCGAUGAGCUGGGCGAGCAGGGCCGCCCAGGCCGGAAGCAGUUUGACGAUCCAACCGCCGACCCCAGCGGAGCCGAGGUGCACCCCCAAAGGCGCGAGCUGACGGAGGCGAAGGCGAAGGCGCGCCAGCGGCCGCGGCUGGCGCCGAGGGACUGGCGCUUCCAGCUGCCCAAGGCGCCAAGUCCCACCGCGAGCAAGAGACCGGGGAUGGCGCUGCACGCGAAGGCCGAAGCGCAAGACCAGACAAGCGCGGCGCAUCAGGAAGCGGAGCGCAGCGCCCACAUCCAGGGCAGCUUUGGGCUGCGGGCGGCCCCCGCGAACCCGCACGCCUCGCACGCCCGCGGCGGCAGUGCUGUCAAGUUGAAGGGGAGCGUGGCGCACAACCGCGACUGCAGCGCAGGCGUCGGCUUCGAUCGGGCCAUCCUGCGCACAAUGCAAGCUGCGGACGCUCACGCUUUGAACGCCACUGGCACCAUCGUCGCGGGCGCGGCCUGGGAGGUCGGGCAGGAUGCCGGGGGGGGGCGGAGGGAGCUGCGAGGCUCAAGCAGCUGGUCCAUCGCACUCACGAAUGACUACCUGCGCAGCCACCGACGGGCCCGAGACCGCGCCCGCGACCCCACGGCGCAGCCCGAGCGCAGGCAGAUCGAGCCGCGGGGGCGGCGAGCCAGGGGCGGCUCCUCGCCCGAGCCGCCGUUCAUCGCGGGCGGGCCGGGCGGCGCCAUUUCCGCGCCCGCCCUCAACGCGGGCGGGUCGAGCGGCGCAGCUGCCGCGUCUAACCCAUGCGUCACCCGGCAGACCUGGCUGAAGGCCAUGUCUUGGGAUGGGCGGCGCGACGCGGCCCUCGAGGGGUCGGCCCAGCCGAUGAACAACGCCGCGCGGAUGCAUCUGCAGCGGCGCUCAACGGCGGACGAGACGGCGUUCGGCAGUUUCUUCGGCAGCCCCGGCGAUGCGCCACACGCCGCGGCCGAGGCCCAGGGCCCCGAAGCGCAGACGUGCAGGAGCGGCGCGAUGGCAUGCGUGGACCGUUGUGCCAGGGUCAGCACAGAAGACGCCAUCGAGCGGUGCGUGGCCACGUCGCAGACGCCGCCGAAUGAUGCCGUGGCCACGGCGCUGAGCACGCUGAAGCAAAUGGCGGCGGCCCAUGAUCUGCCCGACGAGGAGGUAGCGGUGUUGCGGGCCCAGAUCCUGGCGUGCACGCCUUCCUCGUCCUCCGCCCAGCAGGCGGCGGUGGGCAGUCCUGGCGUCGAGGGCAUCGUGCGGGCUACCGCGCCAGUCCAACUGCUGGCCAGCACGCGGCGCAUUACGGAGUUCUCAACGGCGGGAGUGCCAACCAAGGAGGACCGCGUGGUGUACGCUUGCGGUUCCUUUGACAUGUUCCACGUGGGCCACGCUCAGUUUUUGAAGGACGCCAGGGCGUUGGGCACGUUCCUCCUGGUCGGCAUAUACGACGACUCCACUGUGAGGGAUGCGAAGGGUGCGUUUUGCCCCGUGAUGAACCUCAACGAGCGCGUGCUGAAUGUUUGCGCGUGCAAGUGGGUUGACGAGGUCAUCAUCGGUGCGCCGAGGAACGUGACCGAGGAUCUGAUGAAAACUUGGGACAUCCACGUCGUGGCCAGAGGCAAGGGCCACCUACGCAACGGCCCAGACGCCUCGAAAACCACCGGGCAUUACGCGGUCCCGCAGCAAAUUGGGGCUUACACGGAGGUGCCGUCCGCGUGGCCAGAGUUGUGCCACGACACUGUGGUACGGCGGAUUGUCGAGAGCAGGGAGCAGUACCUCAGGCGCAACAGGGACAGGGCGCAGAGGGAGGACAAGUAUUACGCCGCCAAGGACAAAUCCAC